CCGCUUCGCUUGCCCCUCGGGCGUCAUGGCGGCGGCGGCGUCUUUCGAGGGCGUGCGGCUCACGGCCGUGGGCGAGCAGAACGGCGGCGGCGUGCAGCGCAACCCCGAGGCCAACCUGCGCCUCGAGGCCAAGGCGACCGGCGGCGGAGGAGGAGGCGGCGGCGGCGACUCGCUCGGGGUGGCGCUCUACAACGGUGGUGGUGUUUGUGUCUUCAAAUGCAUGAUCGGCAGAGACACAGAGUGUUGCCGAGUGAGCAAGCAGGCGUUCCUCAUCACCCUCGGGCAGAACAGUGUGCUUGUACACUUCGCCUCGCAGCCCGAUUUCAACUCCUUCAUGAACCUACUCAAGUCAUGUCAGGGACGAAGUGUGGAGAGGUCUGUGUUUAGUGAAAGAACAGAGGAGUCUUCUGCUGUGCAGUAUUUCCAGUUCUACGGGUACCUCUCGCAGCAGCAAAACAUGAUGCAAGACUAUAUCCGCACAGGGACAUACCAGAGGGCCAUCCUUCAGAAUCAUGCCGACUUCCGAGAUAAGAUUGUUCUGGACGUGGGCUGUGGCUCGGGAAUCCUCUCCUUCUUCGCCGUUCAGGCCGGCGCCAGGAAGGUGUAUGCAGUGGAGGCGAGCAGCAUGGCACAGCAUGCUGAGGUACUGGUGAGGAGCAACAACUUGCAGGAUCGGAUUGUAGUGAUCCCUGGGAAGGUGGAGGAUGUGUCCAUCCCAGACAAGGUGGACGUUAUCAUCUCGGAGCCCAUGGGGUACAUGCUAUUCAACGAGCGCAUGCUGGAGAGCUACCUGCAUGCCAAGAAGUGGCUCAAGCCAAAUGGUAAUAUGUUUCCAACGCUCGGCGAUGUCCACUUGGCACCAUUUACAGAUGAGCAACUCUACAUGGAGCAAUUCUCAAAGGCCAACUUCUGGUACCAGCAGUCAUUCCAUGGUGUCGAUCUGUCCAGCCUACGUGGGGCUGCCCUUGAAGAGUACUUUCGGCAGCCAAUCGUGGAUACAUUUGACAUUCGGAUACUGAUGGCCAGGUCCAUCAAGUACACGGUGAACUUUCAGCAGGCCAGGGAGGAGGACCUACACAGGAUAGAGAUCCCUUUCAAGUUCCAGAUGCUUCAGUCUGGGCUGGUGCACGGCCUGGCCUUCUGGUUCGACGUGGCGUUUGUGGGCUCUAUGCUGACAGUCUGGCUGUCCACGGCUCCCACGGAGCCAUUAACGCACUGGUACCAAGUGCGCUGCCUGCUGCAGUCGCCGCUCUUCACGAAGGCCGGAGAUACGCUCUCUGGCACUGUUGUAAUGAUCGCAAACAAAAGACAGAGCUAUGAUAUCAACCUCGUGGCUGUAGUCGACCAAACGGGGUCAAAGUCGAGCAACUUGUUGGACCUCAAAAAUCCAUUCUUCAGGUACUCGGGGACGACGCCGUCGCCGCCUGCCGGCUCCCACUACACGUCUCCGUCUGAAGGCAUGUGGGGCCCGUCGGCGUACAGCACCGUGGGCUCGACACAACUCACAAACCACACUGCUGUGCCGUCUGCGUUUGACUUGAGUUCGGUGCUAAAUUCGGUGGCUUCGCCAACGCCAACCAACCACAUCCCCAUGGCCGACACUGGGCCUGUGAAUCACAGUUUCUCCAGGCUGGGCUCCAUUAUGAGCACGGGAUUUGUGCCGGGAAGUGGCAACACGGGCCACUCCACAGUACCCGGAUACCCGAUGUCUGGCCAGAUGGCUUCUGCGGCGGCGGCGGCAGCGAUGGGCGGCAUGUUGGGCAUGACGACGUCGCCGGUACCACUCGUCAACAGCAACAUGCCCUUCAACAGCUGAGAGGAAGCACAAGAUGCGAAGGGAUGAGGCUGAGCAACCGUCCGUAAUUAAUUCAACCUCAAUUCACGUGAACUUUUUAAAAAGCUGUAACUUUACCAUUUGGCUAUCUGAGGUGAGCGCACGUGUGCACGUGCGUCACAGCACCAGCCGGCGUUUGCAGUUGCGUGCAAGUAUAUGCAGUUUGUUAUACAUGUUUUUAUAUAUAUUAAGUUCAACACAUACCCAAAAUUGUUCUGCUCAUGGUAUAGUAAUUUUUUUAAGUUCUAUUUGGGAUAUAUCUGGACCAAGUUCCCAGAAAGAUAUAUUGUUUUGAUGCAGAUAAGGGGAGCAAUAAUGUCAAGCUGAUGACAUUGUUGCUGCUAAUCCUGACAUCGUUAUUAGAACACAUGACAUUUAUCUUGCCAUUUCAAGACUGCACACUACAUUAAGUUUACAGCGACUUUCUUUUUGUUUACGACAGUAAUUUGUUGAAGUGCUUUUCAAGUUUGGCAAAAAAAAACCUCAGUUACUGCCCGCUUUACUGAUGUUAUAAACCAUGACCCAGAGCACUAGUGGAGCCAGUGGGGGGGGGGGGUUGGCACGUGUCCCCCCAAUAAUCCGAUCGAAAUCCCUAAUUUCGAUCGGAUCAUUGGGGUUUAUUAGUAAUAAAUCGGCAUUUUGCGACCCCCACUGCCAAUGUGUAGCAUAUUAUUAUGUGCCAGGGACUCUGUGAGAUGAUAGGACAAUAGUCUGAGUCCAUAGUUGGCAAUAAGUAACGGCAAAGCAGUUAUAAGUGUCUCACAGAAUUGUGCGCAGUUGCAUCUACAGGACACGACUUCCCUGAAGGCAAACACCUUCAGCGAGCGCGAUGCCGAUCACGCACGGUUCGAAUUCGACCCUCCAUCGAUGGCUGUGCCAUCGCCGUGCACGCGUCGAAUAAAAAGCAAGGGACAAGUCCUUACUUACUAACAACUCCAUAUAAUUUUUCAUUGCUGGAGGGGUUGCCCCCCCCUACCUGAAAAUCCUGGCUCCGCCAUUGACCCAGAGUAAUUGAAAUCUGCCUCCUUUAUGAUCAUUGUGAAUUUACCAUUGUGGGAGCUUUUAGUUUUUAAGUGUAAAACUGCCUCCUGAUUUUUUAUAAAAUGUGGAUGCAAUUAACUUUACUUUAUCUGCAGAUGUAGACACGCAUAAAACCAUAGAAACAUUAACUUUACCUGUCGCAUUGCAACAUUUCACAAUGGUAAAGUGUUAGCACAAAGUGAUUUUCUGAAUAUAAAUGAUAUUUUCAAGGCUCAAUAGCUGCUCCAAAAAAACUUUCGCAAUGAUAUUUGCACCCGUUUUUAUUCACACGAACAAGCGGAAGCUUCUAAAGUUUGGUCCUAAACUGUGCAUUUGUGUUUUAAUGAUACACUUCCAAUUUUUUUGACUUUAGACAUGUAGUGUUCGCGAAAACGCAACGGGCAAUUUGUUCAUUUUUAAGAGUGGCUAUGUUGAAAAGUCACGAUUGAACAAUGUGCUUAUUACACUGGAGUGAGACAUUUGAUGAGAAAAGGACAGACGUAGCUAGAUUUAUUUUCAAAGUAGCAAAUUAACAGUUAAUGGAAAAUAGUUUUGCCUACACUUCUGAGUAAAUCGGCUGCUCAGUGACUGGCAGUUUCGUGUUCAAUGGUGUGAUCUCGCUCCAACGUGUACAUUGGCGAAAGGUGCUACUAUUGCAGUUUUGAAAACAUUUCCAGAGGGGUUAAACCUUGUAGAGUUUUUUUUGUAUUGGCCACCUGGCUUGCACGGGUGGCUUGCAAAUGCACCUUGGCAUUGUAUCUGCACAGCUCUGUAGAAGUGUGGCCACUUUCCAAAAACAAUACUUUCUUGCAGUACGUGACAUGUAAAAUGUAUGAUAACAUAAGUAUGACAGAUCCAGGAUUUAAUCGGUGGGAUAAAAUUACGAUACAUAAAUUUAGCACGGGCGCAAACUUUUCUGCAGCCAAAUGUGCUCAAUGUGGUCGUUUGGCUUCUACAAACAGGCUGGGGCUCAUGUCUCUCCCCAAGGUUCAUAUUUCUGCCAAGAUUAGUAAUCUAAAUAGUGGUCUUCACAAGUUUAAAGAUGUUAAAUCCUCAAACAUUCCAGUAAGGAUGUUCUUAUUUCAAACAUGACCUGCAAGUAUUAAGGUAUAACUUAUGACAUUUAAAUUACAAUACAGUGAAUAAAAUAUUGUAAAUGUUGGUUCAAGCUUUACCAGGUCAAUGGUGAAGAAUUGCAGAACAAUGUUUUACACCACUUUGUGAAAUGUUCGUAUGUUUAGUUAUUAAUGUAUAUCUUAAGCCAUGUUUAGUUUUUUUUAUACAGAACCUUUUUAUGGUUUUAUUCACUUUUUGUCAACCGUCUUGAAGGUGGUGCGGUGCACACCGUCGGAUGGUAUUUUUACAUCUGAACAACUUUUUCCGUGAGGUUAUAGAAUACGAAAAGACGAGUUCAUUUUUGGUCCGUAAAAUAACCUUAAGAAAUUCGUCUGUAGCGUUAAUGUCUAGGAGUUGAUGUUUAGAAUUGACGUGGCAACCCAGUUAUGCUGUGAAAAUUCACUUCAAAUGUUAGCAGAUUAAGAUGCUUAUUUUGGGAGGGUUCGGACAAGAUCUGCGUUUAUCAAUGCCCUAAAGCGGAUGUAGCCGUUCCCAAGUUGGCUAAGAGGCAACGCGCUUUGCUCACUGUACAAUUGUCUCCGUAAAAACGUUUAGCUGUGAUGACCACCACUCACAUUGGCACCUGUCAUCAUGCGAGUGCCAUCUUUAAACUUGCCAGCUCUAUAUUUAAGUCUGUUUCCUUUUAAAAUAAACAUCAUACUCAUGAA